AUGGGAUACAUUCUUCCCCACUGGGUUGAGGAAGAGAGGCCUCUUCAAGCUGUUGCCAAGGAGAUAACACGGAACAGCUGGACCACAAAGAUCUCGCUGCCUCUGCGAUCAGAGAGCUACCAGACCAGAAAUCUCUUCCACGACGUUCAUCCCUCUCUUCUUCUCUUCCUCCAUCGCCUGCGCUCUGUCACUAUUUAUAGUGAGACUGAUAAGCAGCUGGUGACAAUGACUCGCAGAGAUUUGAGCCACAACAUUUUGGAGGUGGAGCACACGGAUGGUGUGGAACGUUGGUUGGUGGUCAAAAGAAUCCUUUACCCCAAAAAGAUUAAAGAAGAUGUGGAGUCUACGGAGCUGGCCUUGGCGUUCCAGCUCAGAGAUGCCUCCGUGUCUGACAUGAAACCUCAGAAACAGCCUGUCUUUGCCUUCCUUCCACUCUGCAACUUCGGGUUUCGCUUCAUCAUCCAAGCUGACUUUGAUAUCCCGUCCUCGCGGGAGAACAUAGACAGAGACAGCUCUUGGAACCAAUGGCUCCGCUCCGAGAUCCCACAGCUCUUCCUGCACGCGAUGGACACGUUUAGUGAACACCCGGAGUUCAGUGGCCUGAAAGGACUCUGUUACUUCCUACAGUUCAUCCCUCAACCCAGUGAGAUUCUGGACUUCUUCAACCCAGUGGCCAAUCAGAUCAUACAGUUACUCAAAGGCAAACCAUUCCUGCCAACAAAGGAGGACACAGAUGGCAGGGUGGAAUUCAAGCUUCCUUCUCAAGUGGCGGUGUGUCAGGAUCCUCUAAUCCAGGAUGUGAUUGGAGGAGAAGACCUGAGCAGACAUCUCAAUCUGUCUUACCUUCAUCCCAUGCUGCAGUCAGCCCUGACUAACUCGCUGCUGUCUGCCCUGGGGGUACACCGCCUGAGAGCAGCAGACGUCUCCGCAGUCAGCUGUGCCCUGGUCAAAGAACUAGCUCAGUCCAGCAACUUCCACUCAGCUGAUAACCUGAAGAAACUGGCUAAACUGCUCGUGUGUAACUUCCGGGCUCUGGAGCAGGAGUAUGGGGAGGUGGAGACCUUGCUCCAGGGCCUUAGAGAAAUUCCCAUGCUCCCCCUGGCAGACGGCCGCGUGGUGGCGCUGAGCGGGGAGGGGGUGUUUUUCCCUCUCGGCGAUGCCAAAGACGCUCACACGGGCAUGGAGGCCCUCUACAGGGACCUGAGCAUCGUGGAGCCGGGGCUGCUGUCCUGCCUGGACGACCUGGGGAACUCGCAGGUGCGAGAGCUUCUCCGGAGACUGCAGGUGCACGAGCUGGAGCCGCGGCAGGUCUUGCGUGAACACAUCUACCCCGCGCUGAGGAACGGCUCCUGGAAGACCAAGCCAGUGGACAUUGUGGUCAGUUACCUGGUGUUCAUCAAGCAGCACUCUCAGGACCAAGACUACAAAGGGUUAACCAUCCCAGCGCUGACUAACAAAGGGCUCCGUUGCCCAGCAGAGAGCAAAGUAUGGUUCUCUAAAGACUAUGGCAACAUCGACUUACCCAGCCAACUGCCCGGUAAGCACAGUUUCAUCACUCUGACAGUCUAA